CUCACAAAGAUCCACCUGCCUCUGCCUCCCAAAUGCUGGGAUUAAAGGCGUGCGCUACCACGCCCGGCAUAAUCAAAGGCUUUUUAGUGGUUGCUUAUCACUCACAGGACAUGACCCUUUCCAUAUUCUGCUUCAUAAGAGCCUUUUGAAUUCUGACUGGCUAUAUUCCUAUGAGCUUGCCUCUAGAAUUUACUUUUCUAGUUUGCAAAACUUACCCCUCCCCCUGCUUUUUGAGUAGUACUGGGCAUUGAACCCAGGACCUCAGCCAUACUAGGCAAGCACCACAAAGCCCAUUUCUAACAGCAGUGUGUGCCAUCACUCCCUUCCUUUGAAAAUACAAUUUCUUCCUGGAAUGGCCUUCCUGACAUUCUUUGAGCUUUGUAUUUUUCUCUAAGCCUAGUACAAAGUUACCGUUCAUGAAUCCUGUCUGUGUAUAUAUUCUCCUAUUAGAUGUAUCCACAAAUUAUAUUUGUCUUCUAUUUAAAUUUCUGCCUCCCCUGCUUGGUUAUAAACAAGCUCUUUAAGAAUCUAUCUGUAUAAAAUUGAUGAUGAUCUCGUAUAUCACUGAUGUCACUGUUAUACCUUCAAGGUUUUAAGAUAUUUGUACCCUUUGGCCCAGCAGUUUUUCUUCUAGAAAUGUAUCCUGGAGAAAUAAGCAGAGAUAUAACCAAAAGUUUAUCAACAAAGACAGUCAUUGUGGCCUAAUUUAUAAUAGAGAAUUAGAAAUAAUAUCUAGUAAACAGGGAACUAUUUGAGUUUGACAAACUGGUGAAUGAAAAAAAGACAGGGGUGGGGCACAUAAUCCAGAACAAUAACAAUGAGUACUUUCUGAUUUGUGUGUGUUUACCAAUUUCCUGUUUUGUUACUAAAAAUUAAAUGCUAUUUCUAAAGAUCAGGUGAUUUCUGGAGAGCAAGAAGCCUAAAUUCUUAUAGUGAAACCUUAUUCAAAGUUAUCCAAAUAUUGUGAUUAAUAGAAUUAAUUUUCAUAGAAAAGUAGAGCCAGCACAUCAACACAUUUUAAUUCAGCUUUGAGUAUUAGGGUUUUCCUGCCAUGUGUUUCAGGAUUAAGCUCUGCUGAAUACAGGAAAGAGUACCAGUCACAGAAGGUUAGUAACAUUUGAGUCCACAUAUCAGGCGCUGUUUAAAAAUUUGAAUGAGAGCUCGGGAGCAUAGUUCAGUGGAAACACAUAUGCCAACAUGCGUCGUAAGAUCCUGGGUUUGAUCUCAGCACCACAAAAUAAAACCUUGAACUGUAGUUAGACAUCAAAUUCUCACAUAAGGUGUGAACUGCUAUAAUAUAUUACAGGUUAAGAAACUAUGCUUAAAGUGAGGUAACCUGUUCAGGCUACUGAAGUGUCCAGGAGAUUUACUGUUAAAAGUGAUGGGUACAGAGUUUAUUAUAACUAAUUAGAAGAAAUCUUGUGAAUGAAGACCAAAGCCAUUCCAUGUGUUUGGUUUCAGACAUAUCUGUGAACUCAGGGCAAGAGACUUUUGUCAGAGGAAGUACUCUAUGGAGCUAGAGCCUUGCAUUCUGGAAGAUUCUGUUUAUUACUGGAGCUGACUAGGCUCUAGCAAUCUUGGCUGUUGCUCUAGAUUGACUUUAACAAUGCUUUCUUGAGGUCUUACAGAUGGUGUUCUUGAUACCCUAAGUUCAAAGUAAGAGGCGUGGAAAGGAGCCUUUCUUAAAAGACAAAAAUGACAAGAGAAAACUGGGCCCACAAUGCUCUGAGACAAGAGGGCCUUGUGAAAGGAAAGGAUGAUAUGUGGAAAUGGGGAACCAGCUUCCAGGGGAGCAGCUCCUCUGUUUGGGAAACCUCCCACCUGCAUUUUAGACAGUUACGUUACCAUGAGACAUCGGGACCCCACGAAGCUCUGAGCCGGCUCAGGGAACUCUGUAGACGAUGGCUGAGGCCAGAAGCACGUACUAAGGCUCAGAUCCUGGAGCUGCUGGUGCUGGAGCAGUUCCUAAGCAUCCUGCCUGGUGAGCUCCGGACCUGGGUGCAGCUGCAUCAUCCUGGAAGUGGCGAGGAGGCUGUGGCCCUGGUAGAGGAGCUGCAGAAAGAUCUCGAUGGACCAACAUCAAAAGUUCCAGUCCUUGUCCAAGACCCAGAUGCUCUGCAGGAUGGGGUGAGUGCUCAAGGAACAGGACUUCCUGGUCCACCUCCGAGCAGCCACUCAUCAGCUCAAAUUCACCGGAGUCCUCUUACUGAUCUGGCAUUCAGCCUCCAGGAUCCUGCACAAGAUUCUCCUGUCCCUGAAGCUUCUGCCCUUUCCCAGGAGGAGAACCCAAGAAAUCAGUUAAUGGCUCUUAUGCUCCUAACAGCCCAGCCCCAGGAGUUGGUCAUGUUUGAGGAGGUGUCUGUUUGCUUCACUUCAGAGGAAUGGGCAUGUCUGGGCCCAAUCCAGAGGGCCUUGUACUGGGAUGUGAUGCUGGAGAAUUACGGGAAUGUCACCUCCUUAGAAUGGGAGACCAUGACUGAUUAUGAGGAGGGGACAUCCAAUCUAAGUAUUUCCCAAAGAUCAGACUCUCAGAAAGGAACAUCAAAAAGACUUCAAGGAUGUGCUCCCCAGGUCCUUGAUUUUGAGCAAGAGUAUGAAUGGCAAGUUUUGGCAAGUCAGUGGGAAAAUGAAACAGGGGAAAGAGAACAUAUAGAGAAGAAAGAUUCCCUUUGUGAACAAGAAAAGAAGAAAAGGACUCCAUCAGAAAAACAAGACCAGAAAUGGAGGGAAUUUGAAGAAAAUUUGAUUUUAGGUUCAACUGUAUCUGAAAGUUUAAUAAGUACUAGAGGAAAGAAGUUUUAUAAAUGUGACAUAUGUUGUAAGCAUUUAAAUAAAAUCUCCCAUCUAAUAAACCAUCUAAGAAUUCACACUGGUGAGAAACCUCAUAAAUGUAAGGAGUGUGGAAAAGGCUUUAUUCAGCGUUCAAGCCUUCUAAUGCACUUACGGAACCAUUCUGGGGAGAAACCUUAUAAAUGCAAUGAAUGUGGGAAAGCAUUCUCCCAAAGUGCUUACCUUCUAAACCAUCAGAGAAUCCACACUGGGGAGAAACCUUAUAAAUGUAAAGAGUGUGGAAAGGGCUUCUAUAGGCACUCUGGCCUUAUUAUACAUCUAAGACGCCAUUCAGGGGAGAAACCAUAUAAAUGUAAUGAAUGUGGAAAGGUUUUUUCCCAGAAUGCCUACCUCAUUGAUCACCAGAGGCUCCACAAAGGGGAAGAACCUUAUAAAUGCAGCAAGUGUCAGAAAGCUUUCAUUUUGAAGAAGAGCCUCAUUUUGCACCAGAGAAUCCACUCUGGGGAAAAACCCUAUAAAUGUGAUGAAUGUGGGAAGACCUUUGCUCAGACCACCUACCUUAUUGAUCAUCAGCGACUUCACAGUGCAGAGAAUCCUUACAAGUGCAAAGAAUGUGGAAAAGUUUUCAUUCGAAGUAAAAGCCUUCUAUUACACCAGCGAGUCCAUACUGAGAAGAAAACCUUUGCUUGUAAAAAGUGUGGGAAGGUUUUCAGUUCUAAGUCAAACCUCAUAGAUCAUAAGAGGAUGCACAGCAGAGAGAAACCUUACAAGUGCACCGAAUGUGGGAAAGCUUUCACUCAGAGCGCUUACCUUUUUGACCAUCAGAGACUUCACAAUGGAGAAAAGCCCUAUGAAUGUAAUGAAUGUGGGAAAGUUUUUAUUCUGAAGAAGAGCCUCAUUUUACAUCAAAGAUUCCACACUGGAGAGAAUCUCUAUGAAUGCAAAGACUGUGGUAAGGUCUUUGGAUCCAACAGAAACCUUAUUGACCACGAGAGACUUCACAAUGGGGAGAAACCCUAUGAAUGUGGAGAGUGUGGGAAAACUUUUAUUAUGAGCAAAAGUUUCAUGGUUCAUCAGAAACUCCAUACCCAAGAGAAAGCUUACAAGUGUGAGGAUUGUGGGAAGGCUUUUAGUUAUAAUUCAAGUCUCCUUGUACAUCGGAGAAUACACACUGGAGAAAAGCCCUUUGAAUGUAGUGAGUGUGGGAGAGCUUUCAGUUCAAACAGGAACCUCAUUGAACAUAAGAGAAUCCACAGUGGUGAGAAACCUUAUGAGUGUAAUGAGUGUGGGAAGUGCUUCAUUCUGAAGAAAAGCCUCAUUGGACAUCAGAGGAUUCACACCAGGGAAAAAUCUUAUAAGUGCAAUGACUGUGGGAAAAUCUUCAGUUACCGCUCAAACCUGAUAGCCCAUCAGAGAAUCCACACUGGUGAAAAGCCCUAUGCAUGUAAUGAGUGUGGGAAAGGCUUUACCUACAACAGAAAUCUUAUAGAACAUCAAAGAAUUCACAGUGGGGAAAAAACUUAUGAAUGUCAUAUAUGUAGAAAAGUCCUUACCUCUAGUAGAAAUCUUAUGGUACAUCAAAGAAUCCACACUGGAGAAAAACCUUAUAAAUGUGGUGAGUGUGGAAAAGACUUUAGUCAGAAUAAAAACCUUGUUGUACAUCAGAGAAUGCACACUGGGGAAAAGCCUUAUGAGUGUGAGAAAUGUAGGAAAUCCUUUACUUCUAAGAGGAAUUUAAUUGGCCACCAGAGAAUCCACACAGGGGAGAAACCCUAUGGGUGUAAUGAUUGUAGUAAAGUUUUUAGGCAAAGAAAAAACCUUACUGUACAUCAGAAAGUUCAUACAGAUGGAAAACACUGUGAAUGUGUGGAGUCUGAAAAAGAAUUCUCACAAACUUUAAAACUGCAUCUACAACAAAAAAAUCAUACUGUAGAAGAAUUAUCUUGGCUACAAAAUACCAACGAGCCUGACAAAGAGAUUCAGAAAAAUCUAAGUUAGGGCUGGAGGUGUGGCUUAGUAUAACAGUGUUUAUCACCAUGCACAAGACCCUGGGUUUGUGCCCCAGAACAAUAAAAAAGGAAAAUUUAGUCAUAUGUCAGAUGAAUAUCAUUCUACUGAAAUAACUUUUGGAGGAUGAUACAUAGUUCCUAAUGGAAAAAAAGAAAAUCUUGAUCACUUCUAUAGACAAGUGGAAAAGGCUUGAUCUAGAUUUCCAAGUCAAAACAAUCUUUAUUCUAACUAAAAGAUAUUCUGUUCUAGACCAUUUACUAUGAUCCUGGAAAGAGGCCUUGGAGCAUUUUAAGACUCUGAAGAAACUGAAUUUAUGUCGUAUAAAAUGUAAUGGUGAACUUAUAAAUGAUAGAAAAAAAUCUUUUAGGAACUGGGCAUUUCUGAAAAUAUGUAUGUUGUACUUUUUUUUUUUUUUUUUUUUU